AUGAGGAUGGAUGAGCUAAAGAUUGAUAAUUUGCUAGUUGAUGCAUGCAGAGAAAACGGAAUUGUUGAUGCAACAAAGAUACAGGAGCAAGUGAUUCCUGUGGCAAUGGGAGGAAGGGAUGUUGUGGCCAUUUCGCAGACAGGGAGUGGAAAGACUCUUGCAUUUAUUCUGCCGAUUAUUUCAUGCUUGCUGUCUAGGGAUCGUUCGUUUUAUUGCCUGAUAGUUGCACCAACAAGGGAGCUGUCUUCACAAAUAAUUGAAUGUCUUGGAAUGUUUAAGUGCACUGGCCUGAGGACAUGUCUUUUGGUGGGUGGGAUGAGUUUUGGGGCACAGACAAGUAUGCUUGCAAAGCACCCACAUAUUGUAGUUGGGACACCUGGAAGAAUAGCAGAGCAUAUACUGAAAACGAAGUCGUUUAAGAUAAGCAGAGUGCGGAAAGUUGUGCUUGAUGAAGCAGAUAGGUUUUUUGAGCAGGAUUUUGGCAGCGAUCUGAAUACGAUUUUUGGAAGUCUGCGGAGCAAACGGCAGACGCUUCUGUUUACUGCAACGAUGCCUGAUAAGGUGUGCGAGCUAUCGAAGUCGAUUCUGGUCAAUCCAAAAACCAUCAAGGUUGUGGAAGGGUAUGAGACGGUUGAGACGCUGAAGGAAUACUAUGUGUUUGUAGCAAUGAGCUGGAAGAACUCGAGUCUUGUUGAGCUACUUGGGAUGCAUCCUGGGGAGGCAGCGAUUGUGUUUGUUUCGAUGUGUGUGUCUGCACAGGUUGUGUGCUUGGCGUUGAACAGGCUUGGGAUUCAUUCAGAAGCACUACAUGGGGGGCUUGAGCAAGAGAAGCGCGAUAUGGUUGUAAACAAGUUCAAGAGGAAUGAGUUUGAUGUUCUUGUAUGCACAGAUGUAGGAAGCCGAGGAUUAGAUAUAUGCCAUGUGGGGCUUGUGAUAAACUUUGAUGUUCCAAAGAGUGGGAAGGAUUAUAUACAUCGGGUAGGACGAACGGCCAGGGCUGGUAAGUGUGGAACUGCAGUUACGUUUGUGACGCAAUAUGACGUUGAGCAGAUACAGAGGAUAGAGUUUGCAUUGGGAAAGAAGCUGGAAGGGCUUGAAGUUGCUAGGUGUUCGGAUUCUGACAAUAGGAUAGUUGAGGAGGCAGUGGAAGCAGCAAAGGAGGAUCUGAAGCAGAUGGCGAAGACAAAAAACAGAUACAGAAAGAAAGCAUAG